AUGAGGCGGAUUCUGCUGGGCUGCUUGGCGGCCUGCCUCCUUGGGAAGUGGGCGUCGCUGUGCAGGAAGAUAAACGACUUGAUCAGCAUCGGGCACGUGAACGUGUGCUCGAUAGACAUGAGGAUAGAAGAUGCCCAGGAGUGCGUCCUGGAAAAUGAAUUCGGGAAGGCAUUUUUAUUUAUCUGUAACUCAGGAGAUAACCUUAGUUACGAAUCAGGAGCAAUCCCAGAAACGUGUGCCCAUAGGACCUUCAUAAAUCUAAGUGACCCCAGUGAAUUCUCAGCGGAUAGUAAUACCUACGAAUUGUUUCAAAAUUUAAUAGGAGCGAAUAACUCCACUUUGCAAGGGCACUUCCUCUUUUUCAGUACCCCCUACUCGAACAAGGACAUAGAUCUGAGUUGCCUAUGCUUUGGAGAAAGCCAAAAAAAAAUUAAACAUGUGAUGAAAUUGGUGUUUAAAAAAACGAAGAAAAAAAUAAAAGGUUGUGAUUUUGGCUAUAACAUUUUGUCGAGCAGGGAUUUAACAAAUAACAUCGAUUUGAAUAAAAAUGCCGCUUGUGUGAUUCAUGCGUACCCAGGGGAUGUAAUAGGCAUUAAUUGUUACAAGAAGGAGAGUAAUCACUCGUAUAAUGAUCAGCUGGAGCUGGUGCCGAACAACUGCUUCCACAGUGUGCACUAUGGGAAUGACAUCAUUCUGUCUACUAACAAUUUGAUCCCCAAUUCGAGAGUCAUUCCAGAUGCAACAGCAGAUGUGAAGCUGUCCAAAAUGCAUUCCUACAUGUCUUAUAUGAUUCUACCCAAAGACAUGACCAUGACGGGGAAGAUCAGCUGCUACUGCAAACGGGGGGAACACGUGGGGUAUAUGUUCAUUUAUUUGAAGACUGUAAAUAAUCUGCUACUUGAUUCUAACAAUGGGAUAGAUCGAAUUAUCGAAAGGGGAAAUGGCCAAGAGAGUUCAGACGAGGAGUGGGCAGGAAGUGCAAGAAACGCGGGGGUACAUUCGGACAAGGGAAAAAGCCAACAUGAAGCCAAAACAGAUGUGAAGCAACACAGCGAAAGGGCGGAAGACAUUCACAACCAUUAUAAUAAUAUUAACAGCAUUUAUUACAACACGGGGAUGAGCCACCCCAGCAGGAGACCCGACUAUCAAGGGCAGAGUCACCACCGAAAUGAGGUGAAAAAAUCGAGUGUAAGCGAAUCCACCAACGAAAGCAACACUUACAGCUAUAGUAUUGAUAAAAACGUUAGCCGUGAAAAUCCUGGAAACAAAUUAUUUAACGAAAAUAAUUACGAUGCUUAUGACAUUGGCGUGGGUGCCGGAUUCAGCAGAGGCCCGCAGCGAGGGAAGAAGAGGACCUUUUGGCAAAACCUCUUUGGGUUGUCUUCCUCUUCCCAGUUUGCCUCCUUUAAUUCGUUGAUGCUUUCCUUUUUGGCGCUCAUCUACGCGGGUUUCUCGUCCCUGUAA